CCGAACAAUGGAAAGCCUUCGUUGAAUAAUGGGAAGCGGGCCCGGUAGCCCCUUAGCCCCCAACUCCAUAAACGUAGAUAAAAUUCAGCGAAAUCUCAGCUACAAAGCGUUUUUCUUCGUUCAAAUUUCAAAUCCCCAAUUCCUCAAUUACAAAAAUCCAUUCCCUCUCUAAUUUCUUUCAAUUCCAAUUCCAAAUUAGGGUUUUCAGAGAAGGAAGAUGAAAGCAUCUCUGAAAUUCCGCGAAGAUCAGAAGCCAUUAUUGAGAGCCAAAGUUCCUCUCAGCAUUCUUGGCCUCCCUUUCCAAUCCGCCAUAGCCGCCGGCACCGCCAAAGACCUCUCUCUCAACCUCUCAACCCUCUUCGAAUCCGGCCCCUCCUUCAAACUCUCUUAUCGCCCUAACGAUUCUUCAAAUCCCUUCUCAGUAAUCGUCAAAACUGGAAUCGGCUCCUUCGGUUCCCCGAUCUCUUCGCCUAUGCUCAUGAGCGCCGAAUUCGACCUAAUCGGCCGUGGAAAUCCCUCCUUCAUGCUCCAUUUCAAGCCGAAACUCGGCGAUUUCUCGAUCAAGAAAUCGCAGUCCUCCUCGAUGAUGUUCCAGAAGGUUCUGAAAUCGGAGGAGGAAUCUGUGGAUGUUAGAAGUGCUGUUUCGAAGGCGGUUUCUGGUUUGGAAGUGGCUGCUAGUACGGCGGUUCCGAUUCUGAGUUGUGCGGCGGUGAGGUUCCGAUGGGGACUUAAGGUCCCAGCGGCGGAGGGGAUGAAGGUGAGUGGUGGAAUUUCAUUUCGGGAGGCUCCAUUGCUGUUGCUGGAUAAGAUCGGGAUCGAACACGUGGAGAGUGGGGAUUCGAGAUCGGAGAAGGGUAGUUUCGGAAAUGAGGAUUUGGAUUUGGGUUAUUUUUCAGUGAAGCGUCAGUUUGAGGUUUUGCAAAUGGAGAAUGGGCUUUUGAAAAAGGGCAUUGAGGAUUUGAGGAAGCAAAUGAAAUUGUUUUCCAAUUCCAGCGACUCCGACCGGAAGGCGGCCCGGCGGUUUAAGGACAGAAAGGCGCCGGAGUUCCCCGGUCUUGAUGGGCCACCGUUGGUGGAGGCGGUGGCCGAGGAAGGCAGCAGCGUUAGUGCUUGAAAUUCGUCGAUACGACAAGCGUCAGUUUAAAUGUGUAAACAGGCCUUUUUUUUACCAACUAUUUUGUUUGAUAAUAGUGUAGUUAUAGAUAUGUUCGUUUAUCCCGU